AUGAAGGAGGCAAGAAGUGGAGUAAGCACCUCCACAACUGCAUCCUUGGCCGCGGAGUCGAGUGACGCCAUGUUCGGCAGAGCAGGCAGCGAAAGUGGCGGAGCACAAAGGUCGCCUCGGGACGAUCAGAUCCUUGGCAGUCUCUGGUGUUGUUCAGCACAUUGUUCGAAAGACUUGCUCCCCCAGAUGUCAGCGGUUCCUCCAGAGCCCAGUCGAGACCUAUGCUUGGGCCUUUCUGAGCUGACCCACAUGCAGCCGAACUUCACAGGGUUAUGGCUAUGUGUGGAAGUCCUCGGCAACAUGGACAGGUUUCUUAAAGAAAUGGGUUUGGACGAAGAUCUUCGACAAGAGGCUGAACGCAGUAAUUAUGGUGCUUAUCAGCAGCGGCAAACAAUUGUCCAGAGUGGCAACGCCUUCGAAAUCUCCAACGAGCUCAAAGCCCGUGUGGUGAGCGCUUUCCAGGUGGGUGCAGGGGUGCAGCCCAGCAAGGAUCUGCAAGGAAGGCACGUGCCAGUAGCGAACUGUCCAAGCAAACCCUAA